AUGGGGUUCAGUUGGAGUCUCUUCUUCGCCCAGCGGAUCUCGGAACGCCUGAUGUCUCAGGUUCCCUCUCUUUUGCACAGCAAGCUGGCGGUGGACAAAGGCGAUCCGAUGUACUUCUCAGACCAGGUGCCGAAUGCAGCUUACCAUUAUGUCUACGUCGACAACUUAGGCGUCCUUUCUAGAUCUCGGGAACUAGUGGCUACAGGACUCGCCGAGCUAACCGAGAUCUUCAACCAGAAGGGUUUAUUGCUUCACACCGGGGAGGUGGGACAUGAUAACAUCCAGACUUUGGGCGUGUCACUGGAUGGUGCCAACCUCACCACGUCCCUCACCCCAGAGAGGUUCCAUCGAGUUCGUCAGGGAGUUCGUGGGCUUCUCCGCCGGGGCAGGUGUUCGGGAAAGACGCUGGAAAUUGUUGUCGGUCAUUGUACAUACUGUGGGCUGCUUCAUCGAGGGACCUUGUCCGUCUUUCAUGCUGUGUACAAGUUCAUACAGAGGCACUACACUGACACGGUAAAACUCUGGCCCUCGGUGAAGGUGGAGUUGCGUGUGUUCGCAGGCCUCAUGCCCUUCCUCAUCUCCGAUUGGUCGAGGGCUUGGAAUGACAAGGUCUUUAUCUCUGACGCGAGCGAGGAGGGCUUUGGUAUCUGCUCAGCAACUUGGCCUGUCGACGAGGUCCGAAAAGCCGGUGCCUUGAAGGAGCGACUUCGCUUUCGUCGUUCAGGCGGGCAUAAUGCCAGGGAGAGCGCGCUCACCGCGGCCGGCUUUGUGCGGGAUGAAAUCUCAGGCGCGUGGAGGGCUUCGGAGCUCUCCGCCGAGGAGUACUUGGACAGCUCAGGUUGGGAGAUCAAUCAGGAUUUUCCCGAGAUCAGUGGUGCGCUUCUUGCCCGUGAUUGGGAAACCGUCCAGGCCGGAGAAUGGGCGAGGGCCGAGCACAUUGUUCACUUGGAAGCUCGGGCCCUUGUGAAAAGCUUUGAAGCCUGUCACGAAGUUACAGACUGUUGCGACAGAUUCGAAGACUUUAUGGGCAUGCUCUCCUGGGAUAUCGAUGUCCAUUUUAGGUGGGUCCCCUCUGAACUCAAUCCCGCAGAUGGUCCUAGUCGCUUGAACUCGAAAGUGGAGUCAAAGACCCUGCUGCGCAGCCUUCCUUUGCAUGAUGCCGGCAACCGCGGCCGUGAUUGGGCCGAAGAGGGUGCGGACGUUAGCGCAGGGCUCCGGUGCUCCUUCACUGCCGCCAAAGCGAAGCAGGACCUGUCGGAAGAACUGGGCAGCAAACAAGCCCGGAAGCCGCUGAAGCUGGAGGCCGUGGUGGCAAACCCCCGCCUCGCCAAGCCCGUGGCGCACACUUGCCGGUCGUCGGACAGCUCCAGCAGCACUUCGGAGCCUCUCGUCACGAAGCGACGGCAACGACUCCUCGCCAGACGAUCGCGGCAUCGUGUGCGGAAGUAUGUGUCCGAGAUGAUGGAAUCGAAGGACCAGGGGCUAACCUUGUUGGAGAGGAAGGCGGUGACCGCCAAGACGGAGGCCUACUACACCAAGGAGUACGAGGAGUUCACACGCUUUGCCCGGAAAACUUUGGGGUACUCAGUGAACGGGAUGGUGGCGAACCCCGAAGGCAUGGACGAGGCGCUCACGAAGCAUUUCAACGACCUCUUCAUGAUGGGUCAUCCUGCGCAUCGCGGGGACAAAGUGCUUGCGUCAGUCAUGCACCGGCACCCGGACUUCAGCAAGUUGGGGGCAAAGAAGCUGCCCCAUGCGUGGCGCUCCCUGAAAGGUUGGCGACGCUUGGCUCCGGGACAGUCGAGACUGGCUUUUCCGCUUGCGGUUUGGGCUGCUUUAGCCUGCGAGCUCAGAAGAAUGCAUCAGUUGCGGAUGGCCAUUUUUCUUCUCAUCGGGCUGAGCAGCUACUCUCGACCCAGCGAGCUGCUUCGGGUCACUGUGGCUUGCUUGGUCGCGCCCUCGAGAAGAGUCACAGACCACUGGAGCUUGGUGUUGAACCCGGAAGAAGGCGGUACUCCUUCGAAAGUGGGGGAGUUCGACGACAGCGUGCUCUUAGACUCAGCUUGGCUGCAGCCUUGGGCGCCCCGCCUCUUCCGCACCUUGGUGCAAGGAGCCGGGAGCCGUCCGCUGUCGGACUUCGCGUACUCCGACUUUCUGAGCUACUUCAACCAAGCGGCCACCCGCCUUCAGCUGCCCGUCACCCCGUACCAGUGGCGGCACAGUGGUCCGUCUAUCGACAUCAGUCGUCGAUUUCGGACCCUGACGGAAGUGCAGAAGCGCGGACGAUGGAAAAGCCCGAAAAGCGUGACCCGCUACGAGAAGAGCGGAAGGCUGGAUGAACUUCAAUGGACUGCCUCUCAAAGUCCAGCAGCACUGCCUCGAGGCCGAGUCACUUCUCGGGGCGGUGAUGGCCGGCGCGGCCGCUGCGCCCCAGGCCUCGUACGCUGGCGUGGGCGGCCUGGGUUCUACUUGAUGGACCUCUUUUCGGGCAGUGGCGGUGUCUCAGAGCUGUUCGCAAGCUAG